AUGAGCAAACUGUUUGAAACCACCGUAAUCAGACUAGAAGCGUUAAGUAAUAGUUUUGAAUUUGCGGUUAGAAGUAUGUCAAACUCCGUAACUGAAUGCAUGAAAGAACUGCAUUCAACCAUGUCAACACUUGACGCCAGCAUUUUCGAGUGUCAACAGCAAGUGGUCAAACUCAAUGAACCUCCAAUGCUUGAAAUAAUGACUAGGGCCUUGUGGACAGUGGAGCAGGAGAAAAAAGAUGAAGAACGCCGGUCACGAAACUUAAUUAUCUCAGGUUUGGAGCUUCAGACUGGAAGUAAUAACAAAGAUGUGGUUUCAUCUCUUUGCGAAAACCACCUCACCGUCAAGCCGCAAAUUGCAAAAACUCGCGUAUUGGGAACUCCAGAAUCUGCGUCACACUAA